CCACUGGGUUCUCAGUUGAUUAGUACAAGGAAAACCGUUCUCUCCUGAGGCACAGAGACUCUUGCUUCGGAGCAAGCCUACCUAACUGGCUCAGGAUUCUGGUCUGAUUGUAAAAAAAGAAAAAAAAGUCAGAGGACAAUGGCCUCCUAUGCUUUGCAAAUCGCUGGGCUGGUGCUCGGGGGCGUGGGCAUGGUGGGCACGGUCGCUGUCACCAUCAUGCCGCAGUGGAGGGUGUCUGCCUUCAUCGGAAGCAACAUCGUGGUCUUUGAAAACCUCUGGGAAGGGCUGUGGAUGAACUGCAUGAGACACGCUAACAUCCGCAUGCAGUGCAAAGUCUACGAUUCCCUGCUGGCUCUGACUCCGGACCUCCAGGCAUCUCGGGGCCUGAUGUGUGCGGCUUCCGUGCUGUCUUUCUUGGCUUUCAUGACAGCCAUCCUGGGCAUGAAGUGCACGCGGUGCACCGGGGAGGACGAGGGGGUGAAGAGUCGCAUCCUGCUGACCGCCGGCAUCCUGUUCAUCAUCACGGGCAUCGUGGUGCUCAUCCCCGUGAGCUGGGUGGCCAACUCCAUCAUCAGAGACUUCUACAACCCCAUCGUGGAUGCUGCUCAGAAACGGGAGCUGGGGGAAGCCCUCUACAUCGGCUGGACCACGGCGCUGGUCUUGCUGGCCGGAGGGGCACUGUUCUGCUGUGUGUUUUGUUGCACUGAGAAGAAGAGCAGCUACAGGUACUCCGUCCCAUCGCACCGCACAACGCCCAAGAGUUUUCAUAUGGAAAAGAAGUCACCCAGCAUCUACUCCAAAAGUCAGUAUGUGUAGUUUUGUGCGUGUCUGUGUCUAAGCUUUGCCUAUGAAACCGUGCCGACAGGUCCACUCUGUUCUAAACCCAAAUGGAAUGAUUUGCCAUUCUUAAUUGCCUACCAUUAAUCACAGGAUUGCCCACCAUCUAGUUAUGAUUCUCCAGACUCCUGCAGCCGAAUGAGACGUUAUGCACCCUGCUUUGAUUGUUCUAGGAAAGGGGCUCGUUUGUUUUCUCAAACUGUUCACGCAGCUCUUCCUUUUAUCAGCCACUUUAAAACGACAUUGCUAAAGACUGUGUUAUUUUACAACCACGAUUUCUCUCUGUCGUGGCAUUAUAUUUGUAGAUGAACAUAAUGUUUAUCUCUCAGGCAAAUAGAGACAGGCUUAUAUAGUUCUAUUUAAAGCAAAAUACCCAUCUAUUACUCUGUAUAAAUAGAAACCAGUGCCUGCUUUACUGGGAAUAAGAUAGAAGAAGUCUGAUAUUAAUUGUUUAAAAACAGCUUGCAGAUUUAUGUGUUUUUUUUUAAUAAUGAAGGUUUAAAUGAAGGAUUUAAUCAUCAGUGUAAAGGAAUCUAUGUGGCUGUCGAACUCCCAUUUUUCAGCCUAGGAGUUAGAAAUCCUAAAUUCUUUAUGCACUUUCUCAAGGGGACUUUCCUUCCCUGUAUAUUACAGUUACAUUUUUUAAAAAGCAGCUAUUUUGUCACAGUUUUUUUUUACU